CCGCCCGAAGAUGCUCUCAUUGCUCUCCCUCUACCCCCUUUCGCUCGCGCUGGCCACGAGCCGGCCUCCCGUGGGCGCCGCGCUCGAGGCCGCCGUCACUCCGAGCGACAUCUUUGCCGCGGCCGAGCGGAUCGACCCACCUUACCCGCCCUACGAGUUUUCGCACCGCCACAUGGAGCAGGACGUGCACCAGCGCAAGAGGCAGUCGCUCGCCUCGAAUGCGCUCGGCCGCCUGUCACGGCUCCUCGUGGGAGGCGGAUGUGAUGCCGCGCGGUCGGCGGCGCUGCGAGACGCGCGGCUCCCGCGGCUGCUGCUGUGUGCCGCCGUGCCGAGCGCGAGCGUUGCCGACGGCGCGUGCGCCUCGCUCGACACCGUGGUGGCGCGGCACGUCGCCACCAGCCUCGCUGCGCUCGCUGCCCUCUGCGCCGCCGACGCGGCCAGCAGCAGCAGCGUGCAUGGCGGAGCCGCCUCCGAGGAGCUGCGCCCGCUGUGCGGCGGCGCCCGGCUGCUAGCGGACCGGGCCGACGCCCUCGCCGAGCGCAUGAGCCUCGCCAGCGCCGUCUCCUCGCGGUGGGCGGCACGCCGCCUCUUCGGGACCGACGCGGCGGUGCCUCGGCUCGACGCGCGGGCCGCCGAGCUGCCGUACGACGUGCUGCCCGGGCUGGUGGCGCUGCCGGCGGCGGAGGAGGGGGCACCCGCUCCGCGGGCGUGGCUGCCGUCCGUGGCGCGCCUCGCAGGCAGGCUGACGGCGGAGGGUUUCGCUUCGGUGAUCCCGUUCGAGCAGCAGGAGCUGCUC